AUGCGCCCCUCCUCUCUCUCCCCUGUCUCCCACACGCUCGCACACGCACGCCCUCGUCCCGCUUCGCCCGCCUCCGACGCGCCGUCGCCUGCACUGGCCUCCCCUGCCUCUGCUCCAGGCCCGGUCGCGCCUGCAGCACUCCGCUGCCGCUCCGCGCCGUGGCCUCGUGCUCGCCGCCUCACCUUUCCCCGCUUGCCUCCUGGCGUGACUACCCGCCGGUUGGCCGCGCCCGCUCACGGAGCACUCCCGCCCCCUGCCUCGCGCACGUCGCCCUGCGCGCCCCAGACGCGCCUGGCUUGCGCUGCGCACCUGCCCCGCUGCCGUGCUCCGCGACCCACGUGCCCCGUGCCCCUCUCGUUGCUGCCUUGCACCCCCUCUGCUCCCCGCGCCGACGUCCGCGCUCGUCGCACCCCUGUCUGCAUCCCCAGCAGUGCCCCACCACUGCUAGCCGACGGCCGCCCCCUGCCCCGCGCCAGCGCCCCCGCGACAACGGCGGCCGACCGCGCCUCCGCCGCCCUGCUCCCCUGCCAGCGCUGCGCCCUGCUGCUGCUGCGCGGCCCCUGGCCGCCGGCGCUCGCGCCCGUGAGCCCCGUGGCUCUGCUCCGCUCCACCCACCCCGUUAACCCGCGCCCGUUAGCGCCAACCCGCUAUGCCCCUCUGGGCCACUGCCAAACGGGGUCCACGCCCAGAAUGUUUAAAAAACGAAAUGAAUGA